UAUAUAUGGUCACAUGUGGCAACUUGCCCAACUCCCUGAAUUAUAAUACCAUCUCUCUGGUUUAAAUUUCUCGUCCAUCAAUCACCAAAAUCGCAUAUUGCUUGAGAGAACAAUACCCUAUUUUCUACUCUCGUUUCUCUCCCUCUUUCUUCCUUUACCCAUAUCAAAAGAAAAAAAAAAAAAAAAGGAGGAGGGGAUGGAUCUCUUUCUCAUGUUUUUCUACUGUCUUCCUUUGCUUCCUCUAGUUUACAUGGCAUGGAGAGUUCUUGAUCAGAGGAGGCAUCAAAAUUGUUACAUAUUGGACUAUGAAUGCUAUAUGCCGACCGACGAUAGGAAGCUGAGCACGAAAUUUUGUGGCGAAGUGAUUAGGAGGAACAAGCAUCUUGGCUUGAAUGAGUACAAGUUCCUCUUGAAGGCCAUAGUCAGCUCGGGCAUUGGCGAGGAGACGUACGCUCCGAGGAUGGUGUUCGAUGGGCGGGAAGCGUCGCCUACUCUCGCUGACGGGCUCCUGGAAAUGGACGAGUUUUUCUUGGACUCCAUCAACAGGCUGUUCAAGAGAACUGGCAUCUCUCCUUCAGAAAUCGAUGUCCUGGUCGUGAACAUAUCCAUGCUCGCCACGCUUCCUUCAUUGUCGUCCAGGAUAAUCAACUUCUACAAAAUGAGAGAGGAUGUCAAGGUCUAUAACCUGACGGGGAUGGGCUGCAGCGCCAGCUUAGUCUCCAUCAACAUCGUCCAGAGCAUAUUCAAGAGUGAAAAGAACUUGCAGGCACUUGUGGUGACGUCCGAGUCACUCAGCUUGGGUUGGUACUCGGGCAACAACAGAUCCAUGAUACUCGCGAACUGCCUGUUCAGAGCAGGAGGGUGCGCUAUGAUUGUCACGAACAAACCAUCCUUGAAAGACAGAGCAAUGUUCAAGCUGAAAACCCUGGUGAGAACCCACCACGGCGCCAAGGAUGAGUCCUACGAGUGCUGCAUACAGAAAGAAGACGAGAAAGGGUUCGUCGGGUUCCACCUGGGGAAGAACCUGCCUAAGGCUGCCACACGAGCAUUCGUCGACAAUCUGAAGGAAAUAGCGCCCAAGAUCCUCCCCGUGCGCGAGCUUCUCCGCUUCUCCGCGCUGCUUUUCGUCCGAAAACUACGACAGAAGUGGAGCAAAGCAGCAGCCGGGGCGACUGCCAGACCGAUGAUCAACUUCAGCACUGGAGUGGAUCAUUUCUGCCUGCACACGGGAGGGAAAGCGGUGAUCGAUGCUAUAGCACAGAAUCUGGGUCUGAGUGAGUACGACGUGGAACCAGCACGCAUGACGCUGCACCGAUUCGGGAACACGUCGGCUGCCAGU